AUGGAGGAAAAAGAGAGUGGAGUGGCAGCCAUGGCGAAGUGCUACCAGAGGUUCGAUCCAGCGGCGUAUCUUCAGUAUAAUUACACUCCACCCAGGGCCGACUUCGAGAGGAAGGACAGCAUUGUGCCCUGGAAACUGGCCUGCUUGCACAGGGCCUUUACUGAAGGGGAUGUUAGCGGUAAGCUACUGGUGGACAUUGGAUCUGGGCCCACUUUGUACCAGGUCCUUAGUGGCUGUGAGAUUUUCAGUCAGGUGGUUCUGACUGACUUCCUGGAGGUGAACCGACAAACGCUGAGGCGCUGGCUGGAGGACAAAAAUGGAUGUGGACUGGACUGGACUCCAUAUCUGCAGCAUGUCUGCAAGCUGGAGGGACGACGGCCCACAGCGUGGACAGAGAAAGCAGCGAAGCUCCGCAAGGUGAUCACUGACAUCCUUCCAGUCGACGUCCACCGCCCUCAUCCUGUGGAUCCAGAAGCUUUGCCUCCAUCAGGAGCCGACUGCUUGGUGUCCUGCUUCUGUUUAGAGAGUGUCAGCCCUGACCUGGCCACUUUCACCAAAGCUCUGGGUCACAUCCAGAAGCUCCUGCGGCCUGGUGGCCACCUCAUGCUCAUUGGCGCUCUGGGGGAGAGCUACUAUUUUGGGGGACCAGGGGUUAAGAUCCCAGUGGUCCCUCUAAAUGAGGCCCAAGUAUGUUCUAGUCUGAGGGAAAGUGGCUUCACCCUGAUCAGGCUGGAAGUGUACACACUUCCUGAAGACAUGAGGGUGGGGGUGGAUGAUGUGACUGGGGUGUUUUUCGUGAAGGCAAGAAAGGAAUCGGACUGA